UCUCUCUCUCUCUCUCUUUUCCAUGUCUGACCUCUUGUACCAAUAAUCCUCAUUUCCAACCACGUUUUGGAUAUUAUUCUUUAUAAAUAUAUAUACUGCUCAAUUUACUUGGUUGCGUAUUGGGAAUAGGAAAUAUCUAGGGUUGAAAUAUUAGCUUAGCACUGCACUGAAAAUAGUUGUGGUGGGGUUUAGCACCACCCACAACGUCCUAAUCAACAGGAAAAAAGAGCACCAAAAUCCUAGAUUAGUUGCUUGAUUGCUUUCUUGAUUUCUAGAUUAGACACCUUAAGAGAAACCAAUUUUAGAGAGAGAGAGAGAGAGAGAGAGAGAGAGAGAGAUAGAGAUAUGCUGAAGAUUGAUCAAGACUCAAAAGGAAAUUAGUAGCAGAAGGAAGGUCAAAGGUGGGGAGAAAUCCAAGAAAAUGGAGCUAAGAUCAGGCCAAGAAGGCAUACAUAGGGUUUCUAAUAGUAAUCUUUAUCAUUCUCACCCCAACGAAGGAUCAUCUUCCAAGCUGUCUUCUGCCUCUAUAGCUACCACUGUCACAGACAGAAGAAGAAAUCAUGGAGGCACUGUUCUUAAUCCUCCACAACAAACCCUAGAUCCCCACCACCCUCAUGAUCUUCUUCAUCCGCACUCAAACAACCUUCCACACCAUACCCUCCGUGCUCAUCAUCAACAAACCAAUUCAAAUCCAGAUCCAGAUCUUCAUGUUCCACCUCCACCUCCACCUGCUUCCGAUGCAAAAAUCAUUACCAGUACUAGUACUGCAUCAAACUCAAAAACCCCACCACCGCCACAACCACAACCAUCAUCUUUGGCACCCACGACCACGGCUACGGCUACGGCCCCGGUUCAAUAUAGAGAGUGCUUAAAAAAUCAUGCGGCCAGCACUGGAGGCCACGUGGUGGACGGGUGUGGAGAAUUCAUGCCGGGCGGAGAGGAGAACACCCCGGCAGCAUUGAGAUGCGCUGCUUGUGAUUGCCACCGCAAUUUCCACCGUAGAGAGGUCCAAGGCGAGGAAAACAAUACUCCUCAAAUUCAAUCCGGUAACAAUAAUCAUACAAAUUACCCCUAUAGUAUUCCCAACAGGGACACUACAACUAGUCAUAGAAUCACAACCACAAGCCAUCAUCAUCUUCCACCCCCACCGCACCAGCAGCAGCAGCAGCAUCACAACGCUAGUAGAUACGCUCACGGUCCGAUUCCGCCGCCUGUGAUGAUGGCGUUUCACGGCGGAGCUGCUGCGGAGUCGUCGAGCGAGGACCUCAACGUGUUUCAUUACAACUAUAAUAACAAUAAUAAUACUAAUAAUAAUAAUGCCGGCGGGACGACGACAACACAAGCGGCGAAGAAGAGGUACCGGACAAAAUUCAGCCAGGGUCAGAAGGAAAGGAUGCAGGAAUUUGCGGAGAGGGUGGGGUGGAAGAUGCAGAAGCAAGAUGAUGAGCGAGUGGAGCAGUUCUGCGAUGAGGUUGGAGUUAAGAGACAGGUUUUCAAGGUGUGGAUGCACAACAACAAAGCAGCAGCCAUCAAAAAGAAACAACAUUAGUAGUAGUAGUAGUAGUAGUACAGUACUAAUUAAUUGUACUCACGUACGUACACUAGCUAUAAAAGCUACGGUAAUUCACUAGCUAGGCUGCAAUUUAUUUCUGGAAGUGAUCGAUCUAUACUAGCUACUAGUUAUUAGUAUAUGGAAGAAGAAGAAGAUAUCUAGCUCCAUGAUCCGGACGAACAAGGUAAAUUUUUAAUGUUUCUGAUUGUCCCGUCCCUAGCUCUCACUAUUAUAAAUCCUCUGAAUUUAAACAA